AUGGCGUUGCGGAGCCUGACGCUGCCUCUGCCUUUCCCCGCCGUAAUUCCACCAUUACCACCUUCUUCUUCUUCUUCUUCUUCGUCGUCAUCUUCUUCCUGUUUGUGUAGUUUUAGACCAUACCAGUAUAAACCCAAUCCCGGUUGCUCUAUCGCUCUCCGCGCAAAACCCAUCAGCUUUCUCAACCGUCGGAGGCAAAGCCAUGUCGUUCGGAUGGCUCCCGAAGAAGAAAAGUUGACCCGUCGCUCCCCUCUCGAUUUCCCCAUUGAGUGGGAACGACCUAAGCCCGGGAGGAGACCGGAUAUAUUUCCCCAGUUUAGCCCAAUGAAAACACCAUUACCGCCUCCACUGCCAGCGGAUCCUCCGGAAGAAGAUGAAGAAGAGGAAGAGAAGAAAGAGGAGGAAGAAGGAGAAGAAGAUCCUGACAAGGAGAACCCAGAAGACCCAGGGCAGCAGUAG